ACCGUUUGCGACAGACACCUCUGCAAACAACUGCGCAUACUCAUCACUAGUGUCGUCACACAAACAUUUGUAUCACAACCAACGUCAUGCCACCCGUCAUACCCACAUUCUCCUUGCAUUCAGCCACCAUGUUCCUCCACAAAAGAGAUAACAUGGGCUUCCAAAUCGCUCCAACUCUCAUCAUCUUCCUCACUAUCCUCGGUGCUGGUGGGCUCGUGUGCUGCGGCUUCGCCAUCUUUCGUUUCUUCGGCGGAGAGCCCGACGAUGAGACCCGAUUUAAUCGAUCCGCCGAGCAAGAUGCGUAUAUGAGAGAAGUGCGAGAGCGCACCUUCCGCACCCUCCCAAAUUUCGCCUUAAGAGGCCCAUCAUACUAUCCGAAUGGAAAUCUCAGCCAUGCACCGAUAAGUCCAAGUGGCACGACCACGACAUAUGGAUGAGUAAACAUCCGAGCUAUACCCAAAUGUUACGAAGAUCCACGAAAAACGAAACUGCGCAGCAUGCGGUGCAUGCAACGUAUGCCACUAAAUAAGCGUCGAUGAUGCACGCAUCGCUCGGCGUCGAAUGACGGCACCAAAUCCGGAAAUCAUAAAUCUUGCAGCUGCGUUAGACUGGUUUCUGCGAUAGCCGACAAGAAUUGUCAGGAGGGUCAUUUCUUUUUGAUCUGUACAAACGUCAGCCCGGUCUUGGUCGUAUGCGGUGUUCAUCUCCAGCAUCGGACCUUAGAGGGCCGUAGAGAUGAGGAUGUGAAGGUUCCAACCAACGCGCGAGGGACUCUGUGUCAUAAAGCGGAUGGUGUCGGACUUGGAAGAGAGGUUGAGAGAAGGGCAUCUGCAAUGCGAGUUGCCGGGACGUUUUUCCUUUGUAGAAGCGGCGAUUGUGUUUUGUAGAGAUUCCAAUCCAUUCCGACGGCUGCGGCCAUGCACUCGAG